GAUUUGUGUUGUUGGGGUAGCGAGUAACAUAGAAGGCUGGUAGCCUGCAGGUAUCAGUUUUGUGUGAGGUGUAUGUAGCUGUCCGGGGCUACUGGGCUGGUUUAGGGAAAUCGGGACUGUUGGGCAGUAUGAAAGCUGUGUAGGGAAAACCAUGCAGGCACCCUAGCAAGCGCUCUCCCGAUGUCUGCAGCUCACUGACAGCAAGGUGGCCCGAUAACCCAAGGCAGAUUGUCUUGCUGUGUGACAACAGACUGAGGACUUUAACACUUUCCAAGAAGACCUCCAGCCUGGGCUGCAGCCUUGAGCAAAUAGACAAAUGGAAAAUACAGCCUCUGCAGCACCCCCUUCCAGUGAGGACCUUGUUGUUGACACAAAAGAAAAUGCUGAGCCACCAUUUUGUGGGAUCUCUCUCUCAGGAAGCUCCCAGGCACCUUUUCAUCCACAAUCCCCUACCCUUCAGCAAGAUGAAAGGGAUGAGCUGAUUUUGCAGCAAAGUGGGGAGCAGCAACUGGGAAACAGUGGAGAAUUAAGGCAGGAGGAAGAGUUGCCAAAGACACGGCGUGGUGGCUGGACUAAAGGACGGAAGCGAAAAAGAAGCCCCCGUGACAACAAUGCACCAAAAGCACCGUUAACAGGAUAUGUGCGCUUUAUGAAUGAAAGAAGGGAGCAGCUCAGGACAGAGCGUCCAGAUGUUCCAUUCCCAGAGAUCACCAGGAUUGUAGGUAGUGAGUGGAGCAAACUACCUGCCCAUGAGAAACAGCAUUACUUAGAUGAAGCAGAAAAAGAUAAAGAGCGCUACACAAAGGAAUUGCAGCAGUACCAGAACACAGAUGCCUACCAAACAUACAGCCGCAAGGCCCAGAGUCGUCAGAAGGGAAGGCAGCAAAGGCAAGAGGGAGUACGUGGAGUCCCAAUCAACACAGAGAAAGAAUCCAUUCUGAAGGAAAGGCCAAUCUUUGACAUCCCUAUCUUUACAGAGGAGUUUCUGAAUCACAGUAAAGCACGGGAGGCAGAGCUGAGGCAACUACGGAAGUCCAAUAUGGAGUUUGAGGAACGUAAUGCAGCCCUACAGAAGCAUGUGGAAAGCAUGCGUUCAGCUGUUCAGAGACUGGAAGCUGAGCUGAACCAAGAACAGGAAAGAAACUCUCUGUUACAGCAGCAUUUACAGAGCGUCCGCCAGGCACUGACUCACUGUCUGCAGUCUGUGCCAAUUCCAGGUACCACAGAAAUUCCAACCUUAGAGACCAUUGACUUAUACAUGAGCCGGUUGCAGAAUGCUGUGCUUACACACCCUAAGGAGAGUGAGGUUAUUAUCUCGGGUGUCAGAGAGGUUCUAAGCCAGCUGGAAGGGUGAAGAGAACAUGUUUCAUGUGUUUAACUCAUUUGGAACUUCAACUUUUUUUUAUCGCUCACAUGGUUCUCUUUGCCAAAGACACUGCAGAAAAGAAUACACUGGACAUCAUCUUUGCAAACUUCUCUAGACUGUAUUGUUUGCAGAACUGCAUGUCAUAUUUCUUAAUAAAAGUCUUCACUUUGUCCCCAUAAAA